GCAAGCAUGAAUGGAUGCGAUCCGGUCUCAUUUUUUGGGUGGAUUCUUCCGAUCCUAAUCGCCAACAUGUGGCCUGGCGGCAACUAAUUACCAUGACACGUGCCAAAUGUAGCCUGCAUCGGCCAGGAUCAUCACAAAUCGCCAACGCGCAACGAAUCGAAGAAUUUCUCCUCUUUCUGUAAACUGCUGUAGUUUCAAGGAGACCUGUAGUGAGUCAGUCAGUUAGAUUGAAUUGAACGAACAACGCGAAGAGCUGUCAGAGCAAUUGAGAAGGACAAGAGGCAGUUGAGGAGUUACAAAAGGUCGAGAAAUCGAACUGCAGACGGUGGUAUCGGGAGGCAAAGUGGUGGUCCCACAGACCGAAACGGCGGCAUCAACGCUGUGAUCAUAAAAACACCCUGCUGCUGCUUUAGGCUUUGUUACCAAAGGUGUCUCACAACAUGAGGAGAGGACUCAGCAAUUUACUGGACUUGUUGGAAGACUUUGGACCGUCCAUACGGAUGGUCCUGCUGUCGACACUCUGCCUUGUCAUGGGGAAAACUAGAGCAGAAGAUAACUCAACUGACUCAACAACAACUGGCGGAGAGUACUAUACCUUCGAGGCAGUAAAGUCACGGAUUCUUCACGGACCAGCGGCUCUACUUGUCUUGGACAAGGUACUCUACUUUCUUAUCCUGGCGAUAACACUGGAGGUGUUCAACUAUGUCGCAAUCAACCUUGGAGAGUGGAUCAAUGCAAAGCACUUGCCAGUCAGAGGGAAACAUCUUGAUGUGCUGACUCAGAAAGACAAAGUCUAUCUCUUCUGGAACAAGAUAUCGAAUGGGCCCUUUGUGAUGGUAGCCUUCAUGUACAUCAACUGGGAUCCCAACUUCCUCUGGGACACAAAAGACAUGUCAUUGAUGAAUGUUGUAGCACCCUUCCCAGUCUUCUUUGUUGUCUACGAUUUCUUUUACACCUUGGGGCACAUGGCAUUGCACCAAAAGGCAAUAUAUCCACUCAUCCACAAACACCAUCAUCGCCAACAAGCACCGAGCCGUGGAAGUAUUGAUGCCCUGAAUGUUCACCCGCUGGAAUACGCCUUUGGCCAAUACAAUGCCAUAUUUGCCAUGUUCUUGAUGUGCCGCUUCAUGCAAAUGCACAUCAUUUGUGGCAAUCUCAUCAUGUUUGCAACCAACGCGGCUUCCUGUUUCAAUCAUCAGCGAUAUGAUAUCAAAGUGCCCUUUGUGGGAGGAAUCAACCUCUACGAGUCCAAGUGUCACGAUCUACAUCAUCGAAUUCCAAGUGUCAACUUUGGACAAUAUAUCAUGCUAUGGGAUUGGCUGUUUGGGUCUCACAGACCGUACAGCGAACACGAGAAAGACCCAAUUGACGACAUGAACCAACUGGACCCGACCACAGGGCAAACGUUGGCUUAUGUACGACAGCAGAAUCAUCACGUCAAAAAACAUGCAUAGAAUUUUGAGCCCUAUCCGUGGAAAAAGUCGCGCUGAAAGAACAGCGCAAAAUUGAUUUGUCUUGGGGAUUACAAUGCACUUCCUCUGUGCCGGCCUCCCUUGCUAAACGAGGCAUUCUAAACAUAACACACUUUACAUCUUUCCUUAUGAUCUUUCACCUUUCACCUUCCACUGACU